CAGGAAUAUUUCACUUGCUUGGUUUGCGGUUGCUUCUGCAACGUUCUUGGACCUUGGACUGAAUGCAGAACAACGGAUAUGUCUGUAUAAAGAGUGCUUAGAAGUAGCCCAGGAAAAAAGGGAUUCGGGACUCCUUUUUCAUUGUACUUAUGCUUUAAUUUCGUUAAUGGCCAACACCAUGGGUGAUUCCAGGGGUAGCGAAGAAGAAGAAGAAUCGGUUGAUAAGGAAGAAGAGAUGGCUGAUGCAAAUGAGUACUUGCAAAAAGGGAUGGCCCACUUGAUAAAAAAAGAAUAUGAUGAUGUCAUAUUCUACAGUGAAAAAUGUCUUGCCAUAGUACAAGAAUAUAGUGAUAAAGUUGUCGAGAUGGGCGCCUGCUGUAUGUUAGCGGAAGCCCACUUCAGUAAAGAAGAAUAUGAUGAUGCUAUAUUCUACAGUGAAAAAUGUCUUGCCAUCGCACAAGAAUCUGGUGAUAAAGUGGUCGAGAUGUAUGCGUACACUACGCUAGGAAUUGCGCACUUGAAGAAAGACAAAUGUGAUGAUGCUAUAUCUUAUAGUAAGAAAUGUCUGUUUAUUGCACAAGAAUCUGGUAAUAAAGAAGUUGAGGUGAAGUUGUACAUGACGUUGGGGGUUGCCCACUGGAGUAAAGAAGAAUAUGAUGAUGCUAUAUUCUACAGUAAGAAAUGUCUGUUUAUUGCACAAGAAUCUGGUGUUAAAGUUGUCGAAAUGACGGCUUGCAGGACUUUGGGGAUUGCCCACUGGAGUAAAGAAGAAUAUGAUGAUGCUAUAUUCUACAGUGAGAAAUGUCUUGCCAUCGCACAAGAAUCUGGUGUUAAAGUUGUCGAAAUGACGGCUUGCAGGACUUUGGGGAUUGCCCACUUCAGUAAAGAAGAAUAUGAUGAUGCUAUAUUCUACAGUGAGAAAUGUCUUGCCAUCGCACAAGAAUCUGGUGAUACAGUUGUCGAAAUGACGGCUUGCAGGACUUUGGGGAAAGCCCACUUCAGUAAAGAAGAAUAUGAUGAUGCUAUAUUCUACAGUGAGAAAUGUCUUGCCAUCGCACAAGAAUCUGAUAACAAAGUGGUUCAAAUGUAUGCAUACAAUACGCUAGGAAUUGCGCACUUGAAGAAAGACAGAUGUGAUGAUGCUAUAUCUUAUACUAAGAAAUGUCUGUUUAUUGCACAAGAAUCUGGUAAUAAAAAGGUUGAGAUGAAGUCGUACGUGACGUUGGGAAAAGUUGACUUGAAUAAAGAAGAAUAUGAUGAUGCUUUAUUUUACAGUGAGAAAUGUCUGUUUAUCACACAAGAAGCUGGUAAUAAAGUUGUCGAGAUAGAGUCGUACGUGACGUUGGGGAUUGCCCACUUGAGUAAAGAAGAAUAUGAUGAUGCUAUAUCUUAUAGUAAGAAAUGUCUCUUUAUGGCACAAGAAUCUGGUGAUAAAGUUGUCGAGAUGAAGUCGUACAUGACGUUGGGGAAUGCCCAUUUGAAGAAAAAAGAAUAUAAUGAUGCUAUGUUAUACCUUGAAAAUUGUCUUGCCAUUGCACAAGAAUCUGGUGAUAAAGAGGUUAAGAUGUACGCGUACAUUAUGUUAGGGGAUGCGCACUUGAAGAAAGACAGAUGUGAUGAUGCUAUAUAUUAUAGUAAGAAAUGUCUUGCCACCGCACAAGAAUCUGGUAAUAAAGUUGUCGAGCUGAAGUCGUACAUGACGUUGGGGAAUGCCCACUUGCAUAAAGAAGAAUAUGAUCAUGCUAUAUUCUACGGUGAAAAAUAUCUGUUUAUUGCACAAGAAUAUGGUGAUAAAAAGGCUGAGAUAGAUGCGUACAUGUUGUUGGGUGUUUCUCUCUUCAAAAAGGAAGAAUAUGAUAAUGCUAUAUUCUACGUUGAAAAAUUUCUGUUUAUUGCACAAGAAUAUGGUGAUAAAAAGGCUGAGAUAGAUGGGUACAUGUUGUUGGGUGUUUUUCUCUUCAAAAAGGAAGAAUAUGAUGAUGCUAUAUUAUACCUUGAGAAAUGUCUUGCCAUUGCACAAGAAUCUGGUGAUAAAGUAGCUGAAAUAAGUGCGUAUGAUAUUUUGGGGUCUGUCAAUCAUAAAGGCGGAAAAUAUGAUGAUGCUUAUACAUAUUUUAGAAAAGGCAUGAGCAUGGAGAAGGAUCUUAAGGACAAGAGGAACGUUAGUAACUUAAGAUUCAAGUCUAAUCUUCACAUUGUUAAUUGGGAGGUUGGUAUAUUUGAAGAGGUCAUGGACGAUGCGACUUAUACAAGUUUAUUUGAGACUGCAUGCGCAGAUGCUUGCACUCAAGGAAUAUUUCAUUGUAUUAAGCGCUGUGAACACCAUUUAUCGCAAGGUGAAUAUGAGGAAGCCCUUUUAUGUCUGGAAGACGGUAUGGCAACUGCCACAGAAACACACACAAAUAAUAAACUUUCUAUUUUCUCGUAUUUCAAGGCAGGUAUCUCACAAGUGCAUGCUUUCCUUGGUCAGUACGAUAAAGCUAUAGAAUGUUACAAAGAAGCAUUAAAUGGUGCACUGGUAGAUGGCGACAAAACAACAUUUGUGGCAAAUUGUCACUAUGGACUUGGCAAAGCCUAUUAUAACCUAGGGCAAACUGAGGAGGCGGAGAAGUCAUUCAAGGAUUCCUUAAAGCAUUCUGAAUUUAUCUUUGAUCAUCUAGCACAAAACGAUCGUUUUAAAAUAGCUUUUAUUGACCGAAAUAUAGUAGAGACUUCCAAGAUGCUUUUGAAGGUUCUUAUUGAUAAAAAUAAUAAAGAAGAAGCUCUGGUGUUGUCGGACCAUUACCGUGCAAAAGCCUUGAAAGAUCUCCUUGUGUUAAGCUAUGGAAUGACGAAAGAACCAAUUGCUAAAGAGGGUUUGCAUUACGCUGAUGUUCAGUCCCUUGUAUCCAGCAGUAGUUACACUCUUCUGUUUUAUGUAACGUAUUUUAAGGAGUUGUGUACGUUUCUAAUAGAAGCAGGCAACGAGCUUGAAUGUUCAGUCCAGCUUUUGGAAUAUCGUGAAGCAUGCUUAGACAAGCUUGUUGAUAAAACAUUUGACGAUAUCAAAGUGCGUCAAGUAGUCAACUGUGAGGACAGAUCUUUAGAUCACAUGCACUACUUUGAAAAGAAGAAGAAUCGCAAGGAAGAUGAAUUAACAGAGCUGUUGACUCGACAGAAAGAGAACUUUUUUUCAGACCAAUACCGUUCUGCUUGUGGAAGCAGAGGAAAUCCAUCACAAUUCGAAAACAUCGAUGAGAGCAGCUUGACCAGCGGCUUGGAAAUAUUGUACCACAAGUUAAUACACAAUAUCAAGUGCUUGAUCAAACAAGAGGAGAUUGUCAUUAUUCCUGAAGGUCCCUUGUACAAAGUACCAUUUGCUGCCCUACGGGACCCAGAUACGGGACGAUAUCUAUCAGAGACAAAGCGAAUUAGAUUGGCUCCUUCGAUAACAUCUUUAAAGCUUCUCCAAGAAUGCCCAGUGGAGCAUCACUCCAGCACAGGUGCACUAAUUAUUGGUGGUCCCUUGGUUGGUCGAGUCAUGAUGGAUGGAACAGAAAAGGACGUAGGCUACUUAGAAGGCGCACUAGACGAGGCAUUAGAUACUGCCUGCAUUCUUGGUGUUCGUCCAUUAUUGGCAGCCGUCGCUACAAAGCCUGCGGUCCUGGAGAAGCUACGACAAGGAGUAUCUGUUGUUCACAUUGCUGCACAUGGUAUCCUGUCAAAAGCUACCAUCGUACUUGCACCUUCUCCAGAAAUAAGAGCAACAAAGAUCCCAGAUGAAGAAGAUUACAUGCUGACCAUGGCUGAAGUACAGCAGGCUCAAGUAGGUGCACAAUUAAUUGUGUUAAGCUGUUGUCACAGUGGACGUGGUGAAAUAAAGAGUGAGGGAGUAAUCGGCAUGUGUCGAGCCUUUCUUGCGUCAGGUGCUCGUGCAGUUGUGGGAUCUCUGUGGGCCAUCGAUGACCAAGCUACUCGUGAGUUUAUGGUAAAAUUUUACACACAUUUGAAGGACGGCAAGAGCGCAAGUACAAGCCUACAUUUGACGAUGAACGACAUGAGAAGAACGCCACAAUACAGUGAACCAAAGUAUUGGGCUCCUUUCUUUUUGAUGGGUGAUGAUGUUACGAUCCAGUUCAAACAUUAGCACAGUA